AUGUCGACUCCAGCCUUUUCCGUGGCCGCGUCCGUCGCGCCGCGCUCCUCGUUCACGCCGAAUCGCGCGCUGUGUUCGCGCCCGCGCCGCCAGCUCGCGGCGCGCCCUGCGCGUCGGGCGGCCGUGUCCAUGGUUUCGGAGGUGAACAUCGACAAGAAGAGGGAGAAGGUCGCCUUGGUCAAAGAGAGCCUGGAGAACUGCCAGAUGCUCUUCGCGACGAAUUUGAGCGGCCUGUCAGUGGCGCAGGUGUACGAUCUCCGGCAACGCGUCCCCAAAACCACCAAGUGCAUGACGGUGAAGAACACCCUCAUGAGGCGUGCCAUCGAGGAUUCUGAAUGGGCCUCCGCCCAUGAAUUUACGGUCGGCUCCAGCCUGUGGUUCUUUGUGCAGGACGACUUUAAGGGCUCUGUCGAAGCGUUCGAGAAGUUUGCAAAGGAUCUCAAGAGAGACCCGAUUAUUGGCGGGGUCUACGAUGGACAAAAGUGCGACGGAGAAGGUAUCAAGGCCAUUGCAGCGCUUCCGUCUAAGCAGGAGCUUAUUCAGAAGAUCGCCGUUGGUAUCAGGAUGGUUCCCACCAAGGUCGCACGCUCUGUCAAGGCCGUGCCUACCAAAGUUGCUGUCGCUAUCAAGUUGGCUGUGGCGGAUGAAAGCAAAGGGGAUGAAUCUGCAGCUGAGUAA